GCGAAUUUUGAAUGAGUAUGGUAUAGAGGUAGGUCAAAAUUACAAAAACAGGUGAAAAUUCUAAUAUUAGAACAGGCCAACUCAGCGAGAUAAUGCCACUGAACCCAUUGUGAAUUUUUUGCCUACUAUACAUCAUCAUUCAAAAUUAUCAUUUACUUAAAUCAGCAGUCAUAUACUGUACAUCUGACCUUGAAAGAACCCCGUGUCAGUGCUGUAUUCUGUUCUAUUCAGUUAAUAUACUUGUCAGUGCUAAUUUGCCUAAUACCUGUUCGGAGCCGAUUCCGAUGAGCAUCCAGAAACAUGGGACGACUAUUGGGAUAACCAUUGGGAAGAAUUUGAUGAGCUCGUUGAAAAUGGGGGGUACGUGGACAAGACCCCGCUUUUAAAAUGGUUCAUCUCUCGACGCCGUCAUUUGGCCCUUCUUGCUCCACCGAAACUCGGCCGCACCACCAACCAGCUCAUGAUUAGGAGGUUUUUUGAAAAGGAAGUUAUGCCCUUGGAUGCGAAUUACAAACCGACAAUAAAAAAACCCGAGACAUGGAACGAAACCGUGUUCAAGGACUUGGCAGUGUGCAAGGACCGGGCGUUUUGCGAUGAUCAUUUUCGGAAAUACCCAGUCAUCUAUUUGGAUUUCAGCAACCUCAACACAACCACAGAGCUAUCGUUUUUUCACAGUAUACGAUACCUGACAACCUAUAUGUGGAUGGACCACGACUCUCUUCGCAACAGCAAAGCACUCAGCGAGAAAGAGCACGAUAAGUUCAUCAAGUACCGUCAUCCAAGGGGUGGUAUAGAGAUGCCGAACGACUUCGUGGCUGCAGGUGGUUGGCUGCUUUCGUUGUGGCUCUGGAAGCACUAUAACAAAACCUCCAUCGUCCUAAUUGACAACUUUGAAAGCCCAGCUGAGUGCCUCAUUAACGCCAAUGAAACUGAAAGAAAGGAAAAACUCAAACUUCUCCGCCCGUUACAGGACUUCGUUGUGAAGCUGAUUAUCGGUAACGAUCACGUGCAUCACUCGUUGUUCAUCGGUCAACGACGCAUCGAUGACUAUCUGACGAAAGAGAUGACGUCACUUGUCUAUCAACCCCUCUUUGAGAGCGUCGAGCUGAGGCCUUUUUACGGGUUUUCAGAAGCUGAAGUUCAGGGUGUUAUCAAGGAAUUUAAUCGCACCGACCACACGAAGAAUAUCAUGGCCGAUCUCACUAAGCACAAGGCUCCCGGCGGGCAGACGGUCUACUCUGCGUUCUCUAUGCACGACUGGUGUAAGGCUGAGCGAAAGAAGGCGAAAGAAAAGCUUAAGAAAGAAAAGAAACGGAGAAGACGAGAUAUUGCUCAACCAAGCACCAUCGACCGUGAGACCUUCGAGGAGGUGGUGCGCUCCGGAGGCUACGUCGAUAAAUCCCUGUUGAUCAAGCACUUCAUCUUGCAGAGGAAACACCUGGCCAUCCUAGCGCCGCGACGGUUCGGCAAAUCCCUCAACAUGGAGAUGAUCCGAAAGUUCGUCGAGAUCCCUAUCGACCAGGAGGGCCGUAAGAUCUACGACUGCACGUCCGGGGACUUCUUCGCUUUCAACCAGCUCGCCGUCUGCUCGGACAAGCACUUCUGCCACAUGCACUACGCCGCCCAUCCCGCCAUCUAUCUGGACUUCCACGACCUGGACCUCACAGACCACGCCGGGUUCUACAACUCCUUCCGGCAGCUCAUCUUCAACCUUUUCAUCCAGCACGAUUACCUUAAGGCUUCGGACAUCCUCGAACCGGAGAACUUCGACAAGUUCAACAACUACCGACACCCGAAGCCACCCAUGAAGGACGAAGACGUCGCCUACGGACCUUGCGUCUUGACCCGGUUAUUAGCCACCCAUUUCAAUGAGAGCUGCAUUGUUUUCAUCGACAACUUCGACGCGCCGGCGGCUGAGAUGAUGGUUGUGCAGGACAAUAAGUUCAAGAAAGUCGUCAUGAGCGCCUUGAGAUACCUCGUCAAGGACCUGGUUGCGAGUAAGUUCGUGAGUCACUCGUUGUUCUCGGCGUUGGAUUUCAUCGCGCCGCGUGAUAUACCCGAACUAACCUUCGUGCCCGUACUCGAGGACGAUGCCUUCGGAAGGUUUUAUGGGUUCCGAGAGUCCGAGAUUCGGGACCUGUUGACGAGGUUCAACGCUCUCGACCACAUGGAUGAGGUUAAGCGACUCUUCUACGGCGGUUACAAGGUCAAGAAUCGUACUAAGGUGUUCCGCGCGUUUUCUGCGGUUAAGUUCUUGGAGGACAGAAAGAAACGAACCACUGGGAAGGUUACGGUUGCAAGCUAAAACGUCAUGGUUGUGAAAAAAAUGAAUAAAUGUUUUGACUGAUAAUGUGAGCCCUUNGGGGGGGGGGGGGGGGGCAAAGGGCUUGGCUUUACGUCAGGUUUUGGGAAUGGAGGUUUUUCGGACGUAACCUGCUGAAGUGUGUUUUCAGACGCAAUGGGCCUAUUUUCUGCCGACAACUCAAUGCAACUAUCAUUUCAGCAAUUUGUUUGGUACGUAGCUCGAUGUUUGUUUACUUACAUGAUAAAUUCACCUUCAUUGGACAAUUUGAACGAUUUCUGUUUCAAUUACAUGUAAAUCUCAUAUUGAUCAAAACGUGAAAUAAAAUGAAUGAGUUAACUGUGACUUAACUGAUUAGAAUAAAGCUGUAGAUAGAAUGUUAUCAAAAUAUAUUUUAUUUAAAAUUAAAAAUCCUUGCGGUUAGAA